UAUUAAUAAAACAAAAAAUACAAUUAUAAUUAAAUUAAAAAUAAAAUUAUAAUAAAAAUUGUAUCUAAAUAAUAAAAAGGAUAUGGGAAGAAAUUAAGCGGAAGAGAAAAAGAAAAGCAAAACAAAGAAAAAAUCAUUUAAUAUUAAAAUUAAUUUUCAUUUUUUUUUUUUCUUUUGUGUAUAAUUUUUUAAAUAGUGUGUGUACGUACGGUAAUUUAAUUUAAUGAGACUUUAAUAAAAAUAUAUAUUAAUUAUAUUUGUUAUAAUUAUUUGUUUGUAAUAUAACAAAUGGGAGUUUGUAAUAAUGGUAAUAACUAUAAUAGCGCUGCUAUUAUGGUUGAAGAACCAAAAGAUUUUGAAUCAGCUAUAACAAUAAUUGAAGAAUUAAGAGCAAAAUGUCGUUAUCAAACGGAACAUAUCAUAAAAUGGAAGAAAGCAUAUGCAAUGCAGAUUCAACAACAUUAUCGUUAUCAAAAACAAAAAACGGAUCAAAUGAAUGCUCUAACAAGUCAAUUACUUUUAUUGGAAUCUCGUUUGAAACGAAAACAAAAACAAAUAGCUAGUAUUAUAUGUCAACGUGAAUUAACAAUAUUACGUCAACAAAAACUAAUUGAUGCCCUAUCAUCUAGACUUGUUGAUCAUGGCCUAGAAACAAUUGAUCCUGGUUAUACUGAUUUUGAUUCAUUAAAUGAUUCAGAUUCAGCUGUUGUAUUAGAAGAUAUCGAUUCUGAUUGUUAUAAUUCAACGGCAUUAAUAUCACGUCGUAAAGGUAGUUGUGGAAGUGGUAGUGGCGGCGGUAGUACUAGCAGUGAUGGUGUUACAAUUGUUCGAUCAAUAUCAGAUGCAAUUGAAUCUAAUUUAAAUAAAUAUUCAAGAUCAAUGAGAUCAAAUUGUUUUUUAAGACGUCCCGAAGUAUUAGAAACAGUUUAUAGUGUUGAAGAAGAUCCUGAACCACAACAAUCUGGUGCAUCUGGUACUGAUGUAGCUGAAAAACGUGAUAAAUUUCGUAAUAGAUCGGAAAAAGUUAUUGUUAAUUCAUUAGAAGGUCAAUUAUCUGAUAGUGGACAAUCAACAGGUGGUAAUACAAAAGCAGAACAAAAUAAUACAACAUCACCAUCAUCAAAUAAUGAAAUGCAACAACAACAACAGCAUCAACAAAAUCAUCAAGAUAAUCAUAAUAAUAUGAUGGCGAAUAAUCAACAGAGAAGAUAUAGUGCCAAUAUACCAAAUAUUAAUAAUUAUAAUAAUUUAGGUGAUAAUAAAAUUUUAGGUUCAAUAACAUCAUCAGUAUCAAAUAUACCAUUAUAUGCAUCAGCAAUGUGCAUUUAUCAUCAUAAUGAUAUUACAAAUGGUUCUACAAAUCAACAAUAUCAACAUCAUCAACAACAUUAUCAACACCAUCAUCAUCAUCAUCAGCAUCAGCAGCAGCAGCAGCAACAACAUAAUAAUAGUAGUAAUGAUGAUAGUCCAAUACAUGGAAAUUAUGUUAAACAAUCACAAGUAUCACAAGUAACAAAUUUUAAUCGUGUCAUGUCCAAUCAUAGAUCAGUUACAAAACCAAAAGAUGUCAAAUAUAAACGUAUUAAUAAAGCAAAAUCAAAAAGUUUAGAAGAAUUACGUGGCCGUUUAAGACAUUGGGUUGAAAAAGGUUCAACAACAUCAUUACAUAAUGAACAUCCAGCGGCAGCAGCUGUUGCUGCUGUUGCAUCAACAACAUUAAUUGGUAGCUUAAAUGGUAACCAAAUACCACAAACAGCACAAAGUUAUGCGUGACAAUUAAACUAUUAUAAAUCUUCUGGUGUAAAUCAGAUUAAUCGUAAUAGACAAGAUAUAUUUUCAACUGUUUCAUCACCAGCAUCAACACGUUGUGUAUCAACAAUUAAUUUAGAUAAAAAAUCGGAAAGAUUUAGUUUUUGAAAUCUUAGGAUUUUUUUAUUUGCAUUUUUUAAUGUGAUCAUUUUAUAUUUUAUAUUAAGAUUUUUAAAAUAAUUUCAUUUUAAGUUUAUUUUUGUAUGUAUAAAUGAUGCAUAAUAAUUAAGGCUUAAUUAAGGAUUUUGUAUUAUAUUAUGUAAAAUUUUUUUAUAUUAGAUGGUGUAUAUAAUUUUUAGGGUAACUGUACCAUUGAAUUUUUGAUCUGCUCGUUAAUUUUACAAUUUUAGUCUAUGAAAUUUUUUUUAAUAAUGAUUAAUUUUGACUUUUCACUUAGGUUUGCUUUAUAGCAUAUUUAAAUUUUAAAACUAUGCCUGAUUUAUUGAUAAUGUCACAGUGAAGCCUCUAUUUAAUGAACUCUUUGAAUAACGGAAAUUUCUAUUUAGCAAACAAUUUGUAGAUGGACAAUUUAAUUUUAUUUUGUUUUCAAAACUAUUUCCACUAUAAUAUCUCUGCUUAGGUUAAGAUUUAGGUUGACGCGGAUAUUCAAGGAUACAUUUAUGCCAAGUAAGCCCAUUGUGA